GGGGCUGACUGCAUAGCCCCUUCCAGCAGCGCUGAGUCCUGCAGGCCCAGGAGCUGCUGUCCUUCCUUCCACGAUGUGGCUCUUCGCUCUGGUCCUGGUCUCCUUGGCCACUUCUACAGUCUGGGCAGGGCACCCAUCCUCGCCGCCUGUGGUGGACACCGCGCAGGGCAAGGUCCUGGGGAAGCACGUCAGCCUGGAAGGAUUUGCACAGCCCGUGGCCGUUUUCCUGGGGGUCCCUUUUGCCAAGCCCCCCCUGGGAUCCCUGAGGUUUGCUCCGCCGCAGCCUGCAGACCCAUGGCCCUUCGUGAAGAACACCACCUCCUACCCUCCCAUGUGCUCCCAGGACACAGUGGCAGGGCAGAUGCUCUCAGACCUCUUUACCAACAGAAAGGAGAACAUUUCUGUCCAGAUUUCUGAAGACUGUCUUUACCUAAAUAUUUAUACUCCUGCUGACUUGACAAAGAAAAGCAGGCUGCCGGUGAUGGUGUGGAUCCACGGAGGUGGUCUGAUGAUAGGUGGAGCAUCAACCUAUGAUGGGCUGGCCCUCUCUGCCCAUGAAAACAUGGUGGUGGUGACCAUUCAGUACCGCCUGGGCAUCUGGGGAUUCUUCAGCACAGGGGACGAGCACAGCCCAGGAAACUGGGGUCACUUGGACCAGGUGGCCGCACUGCGCUGGGUCCAGGAGAACAUCGCCAACUUUGGAGGGGACCCAGGCUCCGUGACGAUCUUUGGAGAGUCAGCAGGAGGUGAAAGUGUCUCUGUUCUUGUGUUAUCUCCACUGGCCAAGAACCUCUUCCACCGGGCCAUCUCUGAGAGUGGCGUGGCCUUCACUGCUGGCCUGGUCCAGAAGGACUCGAAGGCCGCGGCUCAGCAAAUUGCUGUGUUUGCUGGGUGUAAAACCACGACCUCGGCUGUAAUUGUUCACUGCCUGCGCCAGAAGACAGAGGACGAGCUCCUGGAGACGUCAGUGAAGAUGAAAUUUCUCAGUCUUGAUUUCCAUGGAGACUGCAGAGAGAGCCAUCCCUUCCUGCCCGCUGUGGUUGAUGGAGUGCUGCUGCCAAAGAUGCCUGAGGAGAUUCUGGCUGAAAAGAUGUUCAACACUGUUCCCUACAUCGUCGGAAUCAACAAGCAAGAGUUUGGCUGGAUUAUUCCAAUGAUGAUGGGCUACCCGCUCUCUGAAGGCAAGCUGGACCAGAAGACGGCCACAUCACUCUUGCAGAAGUCCUGCCCCAUCCUUCACAUCCCUGAGGAACUGACUCCAGUGGCCACUGAGAAGUAUUUAGGAGGGACAGACGACCCUGUCAAAAAGAAAGACCUGUUCCUGGACUUGAUAGGCGAUGUGAUGUUUGGUGUCCCAUCUGUGACUGUGGCCCGGCUCCACAGAGAUGCCGGAGCCUCCACCUUCAUGUAUGAGUUUCAGUACCGCCCAAGCUUCUCAUCAGUCAUGAAACCCAAGACGGUGAUAGGGGACCAUGGAGAUGAGAUCUUCUCUGUCCUCGGGGCCCCAUUUCUAAAAGAGGGUGCCUCAGAAGAGGAGAUCAAACUCAGCAAGAUGGUGAUGAAAUUCUGGGCCAACUUUGCUCGGAAUGGGAACCCCAAUGGUGAGGGGCUGCCCCACUGGCCAGCAUACGACCAGAAGGAAGGCUACCUGCAGAUUGGUGUCACCACCCAGGCAGCCCGGAAGCUGAAAGACAAGGAAGUGGCUUUCUGGACCGAGCUCCUGGCCAAGGAGGCAGCAGAGAAGCAACAACAGACAGAACACAUUGAACUUUGAGUAGGCAACCUAUCAGGCCUCAGGGGCCUGGGGGAGCCAGGAAAGAGUGUUCUACAAAAUUUGCUUAAA